UUAAGAAUAUUCUUUUUUUGUGAUUUUUUCUUUCGAUUUUUAAUGUUUCGUUUAGUAUACAUAUUUUUUUGCAAAUUUGGGUUUUUUUCUAAACCUUCUAUGUAAACCAAAAAAUAUUUUUAGGUUUAUUUAGUAUUCUCAAUUUUCUCCUCUUAAACAAAUAAAAAAUUUAAUGCAAAAAUUAAUUUAAUAAAUUUUCUAAUUUAAUUAAUAAUUUAAAAUUAAUUAAAAAUGGCAAUCAAUCGCCGAUUUAAAAAUUUUGAUUCGACUGUUUGCUGCUUUUUUGUGCUUUUUUUAAGUGUUUAUUUUCUUGAAUCUAUUGGAGGGUUUUUUAUGACUAGUGCCAUUGUCUCAAUAGAAAAACAAUUUCAAAUUCCAAGCAAAAUUUCUGGAAUGAUGGUAUCUGCUGGGGAUUUUGGUUAUAUUCCCUCUGUUGUUUUUGUUGCUUAUUUGGGGAGUAAAGGAAAUAGAGCUCGCUGGAUUGGCGGUGGUUGUAUUUUAAUUGCAAUUGCCAAUCUAUUAAUUAGUUCUUCACAUUUUCUUUUUCCUGUCAAAACAAUAGAAUUAAAUACUUCAACAUUAGAAUGGCAAAUAGAAAGCGAUAUACGUCGAUUACCUGUAGGCACAGGUUUUGACCAAUUUAUUGCUGAAUUGCCGGCAGAGCAAUGGGCACAGCCUAUUCGAUAUAAAUUAAAUAAUUACCCUCAAGAAGCAUCAACUUCUUGGCUAUCAGAAUUUGACCAAUGCAUGGAAAAUGAUUGGAAUUUAGUUGAAAAUGGAAAUGAGACUUGUUUAGCUUUUUAUAGAUUUUUGAGAAAACACAAUACAGCAAAUAAAAAGGAUGUAGACAAUUUACGUUCACUAAGUACCACUUCUUAUGCUUUUUGUGAUAAAACUUUGAAUGCUUUGAGGGGAAUGAUAGAAAAAAUUCGUUGUAACAAAAAUGUCUCAAAUAUGGGACCUACAGCAACCAUCUUCUUUGGGCUUUUAAUUUUGGGUAUUGGAAGGACAAUGCCUUUCUCUUUGGGAUUGCCUUUAAUUGAUGAUAAUGUUAAAAAAACAAAUUUACCUUUAUAUUUUGCGGGAAUGUUUUGUAUUCGUAUAAUGGGCCCAAUGCUUGGAUUUUGGAUGGGUUCUGUUUUUAAUAAAUUAUAUUAUGAUGGAGAAGGUUUUUUGAGUAGAAAAAUGUUUAUUAUAUUUAUUUAG